CCAGGGAUCAAACCCAAACCUCAUGGUUCCUAGUCGGAUUCGUUAACCACUGCGUCACGACGGGAACUCCUAGAAACUUUUUUAAAACAAAGCUUUCUUAAAAGCUUUUAAUGGAAAGGUUCAGAAAUACAUGUUGAAUAUUUAUUGCCUUUGCAUGCUAUCAUCUAAUCGCAUUAUUUUAUUUCUUUUGGGUAUGAAAUGUAGCAUAGAAAUUGUAGCUAAUGUAUAUAAAAAUAUUAGCUGAUGUACAGUUUCCAUUUAUUCAACAGAAAGCGUUGAUAAAUACCUUGGAGUGAAAUUCUCAAUGUUUUUGUUCCUAGUUUUUUUAUUCUGUAUAUAAUUUAUAACACCUGCAACUGGGCCACCCAUUAAAAAGAGUAUUGAAGUAGGUACUAUUAAGUGAUAAUAUAGAGUAACGUAAUUUCUUUUUUUUUUUUUUUUUUUUUUUUGUCUUUUUGCUAUUUCUUGGGCCACUCCCGCGGCAUAUGGAGGUUCCCAGGCUAGGUGUCUAAUCAGAGCUGUAGCCACUAGCCUACGCCAGAGCCACAGCAACGCGGGAUCUGCGACCUACACCACAGCUCACAGCAACGCCGGGUCGUUAACCCACCGAGCAAGGGCAGGGAUCGAACCCGCAAUCUCAUGGUUCCUAGUCGGAUUCGUUAACCACUGAGCCAGGACGGGAACUCCAAGUAACAUAAUUUCUAUUGUCAUCAGCUACAUGUUAUCUGGAGUUCUGAUAGGAUUCAGAAAAUAAUCGUGAUUCGAUUUAUAAAGGGCAUAUGGAAAUUAAGAGGUCUGGAGUGGAAGAGAGGGUAGGAGGAACAAUUUUAUUAGAUGAUUAUGCAUAAAUGCUUUGGGGAAAUCCCUUUCCCAGAUUUCCCACCUCCACCCCACACCAGGCUCUUCCUCCUGUCCUGAUAAGGAUGGAGGCAGAAUGAUAAAGAGGGAGGCAGAAUGAGCUGACAUUUCUUAAGUGUCUGGCACUGUUAAGUACCCCAUUAUACUCUUACAACAGCCUUUGGAAUUAAAUACAAUUAUCCCUUUAUGGAAGUAACAGGCUCAAGGUUCAUACAGAUAAGUAGUGGCAGUGAAAUUGAAACCAAUAUCUUUGUGACAAAAUUCCAGGGUCUUCAGUUAGAGAAAGUGGUGCCAAGACCUACUCCUCUACAUGGUCAAGUUUCUGUGAAUUUUUGGCCUCUUUGAGCCUUGGUUUUAUCAGGGAAAAAAAAUGGGCUAAUAACCUACAGACAACAGUUUCCGGGAGAGUGAACAAAGAUAAAGAUUCAUGAGAUAUGAGAAGUACUUAGUAGAGAGUCUUGCAGAGAGCUGUCUCUCAUGUGUCAUCACUAUUAUUACCAUACGAAUUGUUGUUGUUGUUGCUUUUGAGAUUAUGAUACCAGGCUUUCAAAACACAGAAUGUAAUUUCACUCAGUUGUCCUACAUGUACUAAAGUCCUAUUAUGAGCAGGUUACUCUUAGUAAACUUUUUAGCUCCUCAUAAAAUAUUUAUCUGGAAGCAAGCAAAAUAAUAUGAUAGUGAAUAUGCGGUGUCUUAAUGACCACACAGAAUUUCUUCAGACUUGAGGAUAAGACCUUAUUAUUUAAACUUUUAUCUAGCUUAUUUGCUGAAUUAGAUGCAAAAUGGCUCUGGACACUUUCCUUGAUUCAGUUAAACCAAACAUGAGCUGAUGGAUGCAUAUAUGUAGAAAUUCACAUGCAACCUGGACAUUUUGCUGGGGAGGCCAGGUCUCUUGCACGUCCAGGAUCUAGGGAGCCUCUCUGUGUUCUUGGGCUGCAGUUUCCAUAACUGAAAACAAGCAUGUGAGUAUUUCAUUGGUCUUUGUUCUUCCCACAAUGUGUCAUCCUUUCCCCUGGGUUCUGCUUUCCUUUAGCGGAAAGACAUCACCAUCACUGAACACAUAGGCAGCAAAAGCUGUCAUAGAAUCACUGAGAUCUAGGGGGCGGGUCCUGAGGUUUGCCCUUUCUACUUUAUUUCUAGAUGGAAUUCUGAUCCAUUUUCACACAUCUUUUGAAAUUGUGUAUAUAUAAAAUCUCUGCACAUGUUCCUCUGCCACAUCCAGACACCAAACUUCCAAAUGCACCGAAAAGUGCAACCUGACACUAGCAGAAGAGGGAAAAGAGAGGUAUGCAAGGAGCUGAUCCUUGCCUGUAAAAAAAAGAGUUAACUUUUCCCAAGAAACAAAAUCUAAAAUUGGCCAUUGUCAUCGUGUGAUAUUAACACCAGCCCCUUUGGCAAGUUUGAAAAUCCUGGGCUCCCUUAUAAAAGUUAAAAAUGUCCUGGACCUGGAGUUGUUUACUCAGAGUAGGAGAGGCUCUAAAGUUACAGAGCUCUGGUUGGAAGAGGUGGCCUAAAGGCUGCCUCCGAGAAACUGACGUCACAGUAGCCUCAGCUGCUGCUCUGACAUUGAGCUGAGCAGCUUUUUGGUUUGUGAAAGUGGUGGGGGUUUCAAAGGGACUUGUCAGUAUCGCUCUGCUGAAUGGUUGGACUUAUUUUGCAUUCCCAUUUUUUGCAAAGAAGCAAGAUUCACCACGCUGAGACUUUUCUCCUUUAAACAACCAGCUAUCCUCCCAUUGCUAGACUGAUCCGUGGUUGAACAUCCAUAGGAUUUUUCCCCAGAGAAAAAAAGGUAUGUUUCUUUCUGAUAGUUUGAAAACAAGUGACUAAUUGUGGCAAAAUAUAGAGCUAGAGCUGCUGCUGAUAUAUUUUAAACCAUGCAUACCGUUUAAGUGGAGAGGGAUUUCAACAUCUGUCUGAUUCCCUGUCUGUGUCCAGACUUAAAAGCAGUGGGGCGGGGUGCCUAACGGAUUUUACUGACUCCCAGGGAAGAGAGAGUUCAGCUGCUUUGAGUGGAUUUCCUGACUCUGGACUGACAAUGCCAUCCGCUCCCCAAGACUGAGUUUUUCAAACACGGCUUCUCAGUGCUUUGAACACCACUUUGUCUACUGUAGGAUGUCACUGAAUUUAUUUCUUAAAAUGCUAGCUUCAUUAGGAUGAAAACUUUCUCACAUUUGCAAAGUGAAGUUUACGAUGCUUGAAACCGCUGGUAUUUGAAAAUUGCCAAGAAAAGUAAGUCAGUGUUGUUUCAUCCAAGAUGAUGGUUUGCUCCUUGCAUGCAAAGUAUUUCUGUAAUUUGAGUUGAAGUGCAUGCCAUUCAUAAUGGGUGAAUCUGCAAUUAGGAAGGAAUCUUACCACUACAUCUUUUACUGUUUAAACUGGUUAAUUUUAGAUGUUUUUAUAAGUGAAGUGCACCUGUAUGUUGGCUAUUUUCUAGUUUGAGUGUACAGCUGGAGAGAAAACAAGAUAGUAAAGUGAGAAGGCAAAAUUGAUUUCUUUAGAAUUGCAUGUGCUCGUACCCCCUUUGACCCUGUUGGAACAUAAGGAACAUGCUGAAAUAGCAAACAGCGAUUUUUUAAAAUUCCCUUUUGCCUUGUAACAAAAUCAAGUCAUGCUUGCCUUUGGAAAGAUGCAUUUGCCAGUGAAUAGUAGGGGAGGAGAAAUAGGACUGUUAAUCAGUUGAAAUGAUGCAAGUGAUUCAUAAUAGCCUGGAGAAAGAGCUGGAUAGACUUGGAGGCAAAUUGUGCAUAACUUUGGUGGGUAUAGCCAUGGGACUUCCUGAUUUCUCAAAAUCAAGAGGGGAGGCAAAGCAUCUCCAAGGCAAACAACUGUUCUUGGAAUUAUGAGACUGACAGUACCUAUUGUUUGGGGCAUUCCCUGUUGGAAUAUGUAAGCUCCUACACAUGAAAAAUGUGCAAUUACAUGAAAAGUGGUAUCUUUAGAAAAAGGAAAUCAGAGAGCAAGAUGUUAAUACUCUGAACAAGAGAGGAGUUGCAAUCGAGUCAGCUACCCCAACACUGUUUCAUUUGUUUGGUCCAGUUUUCACUGGGGGAAUUGAAGGUUGAAAUGGUAACAGCCUCGGAUGAAGAAGUGUUACCGUGACCAUCUUGAGGCUAACCUGGGAAAUGGAAGUGAUUUAUUGUGAUGUGAAACUCUGAUGUUACUCUUAACAUUUCGUAGGGCCAGAAGGUUAGCAAAACAGUUCUCCUCCCAUCACCAUACUUGCGCAACCUGCUCCCUCUACAGUUCUGGCUUCUGGCCUUGGGGAACGGAAGUAGGUUAAAAUGGAUUGUGUAAUGCUUGCUUAGAGUUGCUGGGGGAACGUGCACAUGACUAAGUAAUGGGACUCACUCUAUCCUUUUUACAUGUGCUCUACUGAAUUUUUAUUCUGAAUGAAAUUCUGGAGGGAGUGAAAUGAAAUGGAAAGUCAAGGAGACCCUGGAAGGGGUGCAGAUAGCAGAAAUUCUUCCUUCUCUCCCACAGAGAUACCAGUAUCUGUGGGCGACAAAGAGUGACAACUAGAAACAAAGAGCACUUUUAUAUGUGCCUCAGCAGAAAGUACCGAAGUUGAGUUUUUGAGACGGCUAAGCCACUUUACUCGUAACUUUUCCUCACAGAACAUUAUGUCCUUACAAAAUUACCCUGUUAGUUUUUUUUUUUUUUUAAGAUUUAGGGCAAAUUAUAAUGAAAGCAGUUUUAUAUAAGAUUUGUCUAUUCGAAUUUUGAUGAACAACAAAAAAAGUUUCCUAAAUAUUUAACUUGCUCUAUAGUCUUAAAAUACUUGAAAAAUACUGAGGGCAAAGGAAGAUCAUUAAAAAUAUGAGUUCACAUAAUUAGACUUGCUUCGAUCAGUUUUCUGACUCAAUCAAAAUCAAAAUCAUGGUUUUAAUCCAAAGAAUUAUAGAUAAAAGGAAGGAGGGUGGGUGAAGACAGGAAAAAAGAGGGAAGAAGACAGGAAUAGAAGGGCAAAACCAAGAACCUGGCAUUUAUAGAGCCCCCAUUAUGAUCCAGAACCGUGUUAGACAUUUUGAUUAAGCAUCCUCUUUCUUGCACAUUUAAUCCUUGAAAAAUUCUGUGGACCUCACUGUAUUUUUAAAGGAGAAAGUGGUAUAUUCAGCCAUAUUACAUUUGACAUUUAUGAUAAGACAUAGACACUAGGAGGGCUAAGUAAACCCUCCCAAGAAAUUGGCACAUAUUGUUCUAUAGGAAUUUUCUUUUGAAGGCUUGUUUUUGAUCCAUAACCAUUACACUUUCUGGUGAUAGAUAUUUCUCUGGCCCUGGAAAGGGAGAGCUCUGUAGAUUGGUCCUUCCCUAUGUUAAGUGAUGAGUUUCACUCUUUACAAUUAAAUGAAGGAUUCUGUUGCUUCGGGAAUGUUACCUGCAUUCAUAUAUAGUCCUAUUACCAGGAGCAAGAAUGAUUCAGGGUUUUCCUGGAUGAUCUUCUUCAGGUAGGUAAAAAAAAGAAAAGAGUGUAGUGCCUUUUAACCCUGAUCUAGAAUUGGUUCAAGGAGAGUUAGAAAUAAAAGAAAAAAAAGAAAAAAGAAAAAAAAAUUGGAGCCAUUUGCUACAUAAUUGUAGGAGAAACUUACGUAAUUGUAGGAGAGACUUCUGAACAUUUAUAGUGUUUAAAGGUGGGUUGAAACCUAGCAGCUCUUUUUCAGGUAGCUUGAAAUUAGUCUGCUCUCUUUCUUUAACUCCCUUGGUUAAAUCUGCAACUCUCUCUUGAUGUCUUAAACCACUCCACUCUUCCUAAGAAGUUUCAGUGCUGAGUACCUGCUAGUCAGCAAGAUAGUUUCAGCUCACAGUUAAUUACAUAUAGUUUUAAAGCAAUCUACAGUCUCUGAAAAUUAGCAUUGUCUGCAUUUCCUCUGAAUAGUUAUUAGAUGAGUUUAAAAGAUCAAUAGGUCAUCAGUGUCAAUGACAGAUUCCCUAUAACAAACAACACAAAAUUCUGUACAUUCCUUACAGUCUUCACUUUGUUAGGCCUUCGUUGACACAUUUAUUUAGGGGCAGCUUGCAUUUGCUGUGGUGGACACUUGUGGUCUCUGUCUCAUAGGAUUGGAGGGUAGCAAACGGAAGGAAGAAUGACAGAGAGAAUGGAAAAUGAGAUUAGAAAAACAUGACUAAGUGGAUAAAAUGAGACGUGAUAGCAUUUUCAACGGCUAAAACUGAAGUUACUUCUUUUUCUUGGCUGAAUUAGUCACAGUUUUAUGAGUGCCAAAGUAAUAGGUGAGAACGGCCAAAGAAUCUGUAGCAAAUUUUUUGAGAGAAGAGUAACUAGAUAGAUCACAGUAUUAUUAGGGUGUUUUUGAGGAUGGAGCCAUCUAUUUAGCACUGACAUUUUGUUUUGUCUUGUUUUAUUUUAUUUUAUUUUUUAGGGCUGCACCCAAGGCAUAUGGAGGUUCCCAAGCUAGGGGUCGAAUAGAAGCUGUAGCCACUGGCCUACGCCACAGCCACAGCAGUGCAGGAUCCGAGCUGUGUCUGCGAGCUACAGCUCACAGCAACACCGGAUCCCCCAUCCACUGAGCAAGGCCAGGAAUUGAACCCACAACCUCGGGGUUCCUAGUUGGAGUCGUUUCUGCUAUGCCACAACAGAAACUCCAGCACUGACAUUUUAAAUCCUUAGUAGUCUAUUAUAAUUCACUAAUAGAUUGCAGCUCAAAAAAUAUGUGUUCCAAACAGUUUACCAGUCAGAUAAGCAUGUUCAGAACAGUCUGACAAAAAUUAAAUGUCUUCAGUGUUUAUCUAGGGAUAGGAAAUAUGCAGCCGUCUUCUAUGACUGCAGAAUGCAUUCCACGAUGCCAGCACCCAGGCAGCCAUUGACUCUUGAGACCUUUGCUCAUAACUGGCAUCAGCUGCCACCUGGUGAGGUCAGGGCAUUUUGGUCAUGGCCUAAAAAGCUGAAGAGUUAGAUUUCUUAUAGGCAUGAUGAUUUUAGAGAUUCAAACAUUUUAAUCAUGCUUUUCUAUCCGUUUUGUUAAAAAAGUAUCUUUAAAUCAAAUUAUACUUAAACAAAACUUUAAAAAAAUGAACAAAAAGUAACUUUUAUUAAAAAAUUAUUUUCAGUGGAAGUCGGAGCAAGAUGUUUUCAAGCAAAAAAUAGGAGAAAUUUUAAAUUUCUCAAAUCACUUUGCAUUCCAGUUUUCAUUUCAUCUUUUUAAUAAUGCUGUGGAUAUCCACCAUUUUUUAUGUUAAAUAAACCAAAUCUUAGAUAUUUUAGGUGAUUUAGAACAGAGUUACCAAUCAGGUAUUUUUGAGUGCAUUUUCAAAUCCUGAAUACACAUACCCUACCUGCUAGAAAUCUAAUUAUUGAGGUUUUCCCUGCAAAUUGCUAAAAAUGUUUUCUUCAGGUCUCUGUAUUCAGUAUCCCACAUAGGUUCUGGCAGAUGGUCUAUUAAAAGGGAAAAAGAACAUGGAUAAGUUUUAACAUAUGCCUUUCAGUAUAUUUUUGCUGCUUUUACAUUUUACUUGAUGAAAUAAAAUGAUGAAAAUGUGUUUUUAUGCUCUAGUUUGGUUUUGUGCUGAUACAUCAGUCCCAGAUUGACUACUAAUGUUGGUGUUUUAUUGCUGUAGUAAUCACAUUUGCCAUGGGUUUGAACUCUUGAGUAUAAAAUUGAGACUCUAAUCCAACACUGUCUCAGCACUUUAAGUCACCGAAAUAUGUACUCUGGUUGCAUCAGAACAGAAGCAGUAACUCUAUUGCAGCAGAAUCUACAACAGUUGUAUAGAUGUCACUUAUACAAUUGAAUUUCAUAUUUCUACUCUUAGAUAUUUAUGAAAAACUCUACUUUAGAUUAGGUGGUUAGUUAAAGGAAUACUUAGGUCUCACAUGUGCAUUUAACCAUCUUGUCCACUGUAAUUUUGCUGUCUGGUCUCAGAAAGGCAGGAAAAAGAAAACAAACAAAAAAAACAUUAGGGCAGUACUUUUUUUCUUACUGUGUUAGUUUCUCCUUAAGCAGCUUUUUUUGUCAUCUCUGCUUUGAGUCCAAUUUUCCUAUAGUUUGUUUAUGUCAAUGGCUCUUGACAAACUGAUAAAAUGUUUCCAGAAAGCACAUGGAUUUGGAACUCUCUCUUGUGAUGUUUAUAUUAGGCUUUAUUUUAAAGGCAAGUGAGACUGCUUCAAAUAAAACAACUCCAAGCUUCCAAGAAACAGUUAAGAGAAGACAGAGACGAGCAGAAACACCCCUUCACCAACACUCGCACGGUUGCCAUGGACCUACAUAAGCAGUGGGAGAACACAGAGACUAACUGGCACAGGGAAAAGAUGGAAUUACUGGACCAGUUUGACAAUGAAAGGAAGGAAUGGGAAAGUCAAUGGAAGAUCAUGCAGAAGAAGAUAGAAGAGCUCUGCCACGAAGUAAAGCUUCGAAGGAAAAUCAACAUGAGUGAGCGUGCUAGGAUCCCUGAUUUCGAUCGUGAGAAGACCAUUCAGGAUAAAAUGGUGGAAUCCUUCCCAAAUGACCCCAGUUCAGGACAAUGUGAAUUGAUGGGGGUGAAUAACAGGGAUGGGCUGGGAAAAAAAGAUAAAAUGGAGCAGAGCUUACUCAGUGAAAGACAGCCCAUGUGUAAAGAACAAAAAGCAACCAAAAAAUCCAAAGUAGAGUUUAUAGAUGCUUUGGCCUCAGACAACCAAAAGAAAGGUGAGACCUGGCCGGACCUGAAGGCUUCUGAAGAGAGUGAGAGCUGUUCUGGAGCCCUCCACACAGCUCUUGAAGAACUUGCUAAAGUUAGUGAAGAAUUAUGCAGCUUUCAAGAGGAAAUACAAAAGCGGUCUCACCACAGAAGGAUGAAGUCAGAUUCUUUUCUCCAGGAAGUCCCAAAUGUAAUUAAUAUGCCUCAUGGAGAUCACAUGAUCAACAGCACCCAAUGCAUUCCUUCAACCGAUUUUGAAAAAGAAAAACAAAAAAACAGAAAGAACCUUAGCUGUACUGAUGUUUUCCAAAACAAUUAUAAGAAAAAGGGUGGAAUUGAUAUAAUUGAUCUGCAGAGACAUGAAACUCCACCAGUUCCUCCUCCAAGAAGCACAUCUCGAAAUUUUCCCAGUUCAUAUUCUGAACAAGCCCAUGAAAGUUUGAAGGAGAGUUUAGACCACAACAUCUGGGUGACCCAAGAUCAAAGUGAAAGGAACUGCACCCCUCGUUUCCUUUGGAGGCAGGAUGAGAUGCCUACACUGCGUCUAAAUGAAGGCAAGACUUUGAAAGAUGGUAUCAUGUUUUCUCCUUCCGCACCCAAAACGAAAAUAAAUAACACUGCUUCAUGCAGUGAAAAUGCUGAACUUAGGACGUGGUCGUGUGACAUUGGGAUAGGCGUAAAAAAUAGAUCCUCUACGCCGUGGUUUCAGAAAACCUGCUCUAGUCCCAGUAAGCCAAAAGAUGAAAAGGCGAUCCCAGAUCACCCUGUUAAAUCUCAUCCUGAUCCGCACAGACGCAAUGACAGUAGCUCCUCAGUGACACAAAGCAGUGGCCCACUGAGAAAUUUUAGUUGUGGCUUUGAAAAGACUACUAGGAAUGAAAAGCUGGCAGCAAAGACUGAUGAAUUUAACAGGACCGUAUUCAGAACAGAUAGAAAUUGUCGUGCAGUACAGCAAAAUCAAAGCUACUCAGAAUCGCCUGAAGAUCUUCAGCCCCAUGAUUCCUUAAUAACAAGUAUAGGUAACGUGUCAGAAAGUGACAGUGUUUCUGACAUUCUGAAAACCAGUGCCCCCAUGCCUAUGCCCAAGGAAAACGUACCUGAUAAUUCCACCCAGAAAUCCGCAGCCAGCCUAUUUGGACAAAUGGAGGAACAUGGAAGCCCUAGCAGUUAUCGUAAGAGGCUCCAUGAGCAUGACUGGAGACCCAGCAAUUUGUCUGGCCGCCCAAGAUCAGCUGAUCCCAGGUCAAAUUAUGGUGUGGUAGAAAAGCUGCUGAAAACCUAUGAGACAUCCACAGGGUCUGCACUGCAAAAUUCUAAGUGCUUUCAGACUAAUUGGACCAAAUGUAAUUCUGAUGUCAGCUGUGGAGCCACAUUAAAUCAGCGUUUAGAAAAGCUCCAGAUAGAACAAGAGCUUCAGCAUAAGACAGCUAUGUGUGGAGCUCGGCAACUGAAGCAAGUAAUAGACUGGAAAAAAGUAACAGAGGAACCGAUGGCAGUGAAAUCCUCACAUGGAAAAGGAUUUUCCCGACCUGCUAGACCAGCAAAUCGCCGUCUCCCAUCCAGAUGGGCAUCCAGAUCUCCAUCAGCACCCCCUGCCUUGCGGAGAACUGCUCAGAGCUUUACCAUUUCUUAACGAUCAGAAGCAUCGAUGGUCUGAGCCUCUGGCCUGGCUUACUAGAUUUCAGAAGUCCCAUUUGCCAAAGAGAGAGUUCAGAGUGUUAUCAACCAGUUCAGUCUCUUCUGUAUCUUUCAAGAUUACUGGGACAAACAAUUUAAAUCUUAACCUCCCAUCAGUCUUCAGUGUUUUUAAUCUAUGGUAUAAUUAUCUUCCUUAUUUUGAUUUCUUAGAUCUGAAUUUUUUAAUGCCAUCCUCAUUAAUUUGAUUAUGAUUUAAGUUGGAACAAUGUACUAUAGUGUAUAUUCUAACUUUCUUGCAAGUGGCAGAAAGCAAGGUUAUGUGCAUGGCCAUGUGUUUGUAGGUGCAUGUGUUGAUAUAGGAAGUAUCUUAGUAUGUACUUAGAUAAGAACAACUUAUGUGCUAGUGUUGACUUUGAAAUUAUAACAUGUAUACCUAUAUAUUCUUUGUGUUUCUUUAAAAUUUUUAAAAAUAUACAGUAUUAUUUAUAUUUUGUAUACCUUUGAAUAGGUAUCCACUUAAGGCUUUUGAGGGAUCCCUGGCCCCAAGGACAUUUAAAAAUAAUUAUACAUGUAUCUAACAUUAGUAGAUUUCUACCUACAACUCACAGUUUCUUACCCCAUACAAGGAUAGUCUAAUACCAUUGAUCUCCUUGUCCACUCUUUUAAAUAAAUACAAUUGUUCCAGGUUUAACAGGUCAGCCUUCUAAAGCCAAUAUGAAAUGUUCAAAAACCUUUUCUAUAUCAUUCAGCAGUCUAUCACAGCUUUAACUGGAUACUCGAUCCUCAGAGGAAGCAUCCUAAGACCACUUUAUAAAUGACGUGACUAAAUAAUUAAUUUAUUUUGGCAAUUUCACUAACAACAUUCCUUAGGUGGGGAUAUGAAAAGAAAUUCAAUUAUGCUGAGUUCUACUUUUUGUUAAAAUUUUAGUAAGCUUUUUGAUCGUCUACUUUAUUUGGAGUCAUGCAGAUUAGGAGGUAAGUCAUUUAUUUUCUCCUUUUUUAACCUUUCCCCAAAAAUGAAUAGAUAAAAGACUAAUUCAAUUUUUUAUUAACAGGAAAAUCAGAAAUGAUAUUUCAUUGAGACCUGAAUAUAAUAUAUUCCUUAUAGUGUGCUACAUUUAAAAAAAAAUGGCCUUAAAUUAAUCUUUGGCAUCCAUGGGUAGCAUAAAGAACGUAAUUUUUUUUGUCAUAAUUUUCAAACAGUGCACCCAUAAAUAAGAUCUAUAUUAAAAACUGACAGAAAUAUGAAUGUUGAGGUGCUCAGAAUUCCACAGAGAAUAUCUCAGAAGCAACUUUAUCCCUUUCCAUAAAACCAUAAAACCCACUAGGCUAUUAGAUGGUAAUUCUUUUCUUUCUUUUCUUUUCUUUUUUUUUUUUUUUUUUUUUUUUUUUGGUCUUUUCUAGGGCCGCACCUAUGACACAUGGAGGUUCCCAGGCUAGGGGUCUAAUCAGAGCCUUAGCCACCGGCCUAUGCCACAGCCACAACAACUCAGGAUCCAAGCUGCGUCUGCAACCUACACCACAGCUCAUGGCAAUGCUGGAUCCUUAACCCACUGAGCGAGGCCAGGGACCAAACCUGCAACCUCAUGGUUCCUAGUCAGAUUUGUUAACCACCGAGCCAUGACGGGAAUUCCCAUAGAUGGUAAUUUUUUUUCAGCUUUCCUUUUCCUGCCAAAAAGAUUAAGGAAUUCUUAUGACAAAAUAUUUGAAGAGCUUUGUCCUUCUGAUAUAUCCUAAUAGUUUAGAGAAAUUUACUUCAUUACACCAUGGCUGGAGGUAAAGUAAUUAAUUUUCAAAUCCCAGACUGCCUUAAAGGCUCAAGACUGUUGCACGGUUAUAGACAGAUUCGUACUUUCCAAAGGAGAGUUGCUAGGAGUUGAGCAGAAUUAAACUUCUAGAAUGUGAGAUUGGUAGCAGAUGGUAAGUAAGAGCUGUAGAUCCACUUUUCUUUUCCUUUUUUUCUUUUUUUUUUUUUUUCUUGGCCCCCACCUGUGGAAGCUCCUGGCCCAGGGAUGGAACCCGAGCCGCAGUUGCAGGAAAUGCCACAGCUGUGGCAAUACCAGCUCCUUAACCUGCUGUGUCAGAAGGGAACUUCCUAGAUCCACUCUUUUAAUUCUUGUUUCUUUCAGGAAUAUCAUUUUCCAUAGGAAGCCUAUCAGAGAAAAGUAACCUAGACACCAAGUAAUGUCACUUAUAUAAUACGCUUUUCAUCUAGAAGAGAGAAAAUACUGUUGAGGUGGUAGCCUGUCGGAUAAAACGAUGGACCUGUCGGGAAGAUGCUGCUGUGUAACACUGGGGAGCCUGCCCAAGGACUGUGGGAUGUAGCUGUUCCUCUCCUCCACUGUAUGCCAGGUAGUCUGUCAGGGAUCUGUGGAUCCUAACUUGAGUGACAAGUCAGAAUAUUGAGGAUUGUUUUUUCCUUUAGACUCCUGACCUCACCCCGUGAUUACUAGAACAAAAUUUCCAGGCGUGGGGAGGGAAUCUUGAGUCCUUAAACAAAGCAAAAUAUUUGAUGAUUGGGGAGAUUUGGAAGCUCUGACAUUGAUUGAUAUCUUAAUAGAUGGGUAUCAUUGGGUAGUCAUGUUACGUCUUUGGAACUUGCCUUUGUUAUCUGUAAAUUAAAAGGAUGAUAUUGUCAGGCCUCACAAUUCUAUGCCACUUUUUCUAUGACCAUUUGAAUAAAACAGCAGGACACAUUUUAAUAUGUUGACAAAAAUCAUAGAAUAUUAGAGCUAUAUUAGAGAAAAAAAAACUUAGAAUCUAGUCCAUCUCCUUGAUUAUAAAGAUGAAGAAACUAAAACAAAGAUUAUUUGACCAUUUUGUUUUCUCUUUUAAAAUAUUUUACAACUCUUAAUGGAAAAACCUAUCAGUUAAAUGGAAAUUAUCCUUGAAAAUGCAUUUUGGGUGUGUGGCGAUUUUUAACCAGUAGUUUUUCUACUUUGGAUGGACAGUUUUCUUCCCAAACAACAUACCCUUUAUUAUGCCAUUAUUGCUGGAUUUAAGGAAUUUGUAAACAUCUCAGAAGCACUUGAUUAAAAGUUUUCCCUAGCAGACUUUUGGGGAGGGAAAUCUUAUUUUACUUCAGUAGAAGGUUGCUAAUAUUAUAGGUUGAUCUCAGAAAGGAGUAAGUACAAGGCAGAGUAGAGUUCUUGAGUUUCUGUGUGUGUGUGUGUGUGUGUGUGUGUGUGUGUGUGUGUGUGUGUGUGCGCGCGCGCGCGCGCACGUGCAUUCUUGCCCAAGUUCUCCACAUUGCCUUAUGCUCAAAGCCAAAAAUAAAUGGUUUCAUCAGUCAAAUUAGCUGAAAAUUAUCCAUAACUUUCAUUUAUUUUUACAUAGAAGAUGGCCAGAUGUUAUCAUGCACAAAACAUGCAAAGGAUUUAGCCAGACUCCAUGUCAUCCUGAGAAAACACCUGGACCUAAAACAGAGAAUCUGCUUCCCUGCAAAUAUUUUUUGAAUUAUUUUUAGGCACACUUGCUGACAACUACUUUGAGAAUGAAAUCUCAUGGCAUCUGUGUACAUGAGGAACAUUUUUAUUUUCUUCCUUUUCUACAGUGACACUCCAGCUGAGAGUUUUUUAAGGUCUAAAUUCAAAUAUGUACAUAGCUUAACCCAGCUUCUCCUAAAAUAUCUCUAGAUAGUAGAGUCUAAAGGCCAAGCCUAUCUGAAUUCCUGCACCCAGCCAUAUGCAACCCAUCUGGUUUCUCAUAUACUAACACAAUUUUGUGCCAUUUAACCUUAUUAAGUCUGAUUAAGUUUAGUUUGAAAAAAGAAGACUCCUCUAAAGUUUGCUUUUACAUGAUGAAAUUAGUUAAAUUAUUUUUAGACGUAUUCGGAUUUCUAGUAUGUACUAUUUCACUUCUGUUUUAACACAUUUCUUCUUAAGUACCUUUAUCAGAAUCUAAAACCAUGAUUUAUUCAUUUUACUGUAGCCCAGAAAACACGCUCUGUCAAAAAAUGAGCUUCAUAAAGUAAGAAAAUCAAAACAAAGAAAAAAAAAAGAUAGGGAGAGGAGAUUUAAGGCAAGUAUCUACUCAACAUUUUUUUGCUAUGGGAAUUUUUCUGAUCAUAGGAAAUAAUCUUUUGUCUAUGUGGGAAAAAAACAUCAUAAGACUUAACAUCUGAUACACAUUGCAAUGAUCUCAUGCAUCUAAUAGGUAAGAUAGGAAAAUUCUGAAAAAAAAAAAAGCUUUCGCUUAUAUCAAGCUAUGAUGGAGUCUAGAAUAGGAAGAACCUUAGAAAUCACACAGAGCAAUCUUAUCUAGAGGAGAGAAACCUGAAACUUGGUGAGAUCUGCAAGGCUGCCAAAGUUACAGUGACAGUCAGGAACCCAGAAAGAUUCAAACAUCAGUGUUCUGCAUCUAGGACUUGAUGGUUUGCAAAGCACGUUCAUAUUUCUCGACUUGUUUACUUCUUCCAACAAAUUUCAAGGCAGGCUUUGUGAUUUCUCACUACAGAAGGGAACAUUAAAUAGCCAAGAUAACAGAAUAAAGAUUUCCCAAGGUAACACUUGGAAACUAAGAGGUGGCUUAAUUUUGUCUUUCGAUGAUAUAAACCAAGAUUCAUCAUUCAUGAAAAGAUAUUUUUCAAGAAGUUUCAUCAAAAUAAUUUAAUUUGUGAUGCCUGUGCUUAAAUAUUGUAUGUUUUUGUAUGUAAGCCAAAAUCUUGUAGAGCAUCAAUUGAAUCCUGACCUCUCAAUCUGACCUCUCAAUCUUCAAAAGAAUCACAGAAAAUGUUCAUUUUAUAUGACUUAAGUGCAAUAAACGCAACCAUUUCCCUUGGAGCAUGUAGUUAUUUCUAGUUUAUAAUAUCACUCUAAAAUUAAUUAUGUUCCAGCAAUUUCUUUUUGAGGCUCUAUUCUCCAGUUAAACUAUUUACUCAUGUAAUUUCAUAAAAAUAAUUAAACAAAUUUAAUCCAGCUAUUUGGUAUCUGCAGAUUUUUUCUACAUAAUGCUCUUCAGCCUCAAAAUAACACCAAAUUACAUAACCUGAACUAUAAAUUUUUUUAUUUUAGUCUUUGCAAGAAAUGUAUUAGGAGUUCCCGUUGUGGCUCAGCAGGUUAAGAACCCGACAUAGGGGGCAUGAGGAUGCGGCUUCAAUCCUUGCCCUCGCUCAGUGCGUUAAGGAUUCAGCAUUGCCACAAGCUGCGGUAUAGGUCACAGAUACAGCUCAGAUCCAGUGUGGCUGUGGCUGUGGCUGUGGUGAAAUAUGUUAAUAUUAACCCAGUAAAGGAAUCUCUGAGUUAAUAUCUAGGGAGCAAAAUAGUCGAUUUGCAAUGAAAGCUAGAAAACCACAGUUUUAAAAGGCAGUUACUUGAAGCAGAAAAAGGCCAAUAAUCUCUGUGUGUUAAAAUUUAGGAGAGAUAUCAUUGGGAACAAAGAUUCUGCUCUAGAAAUGCCAGGCAAGGAGAAAGGAGCUGAGACCAGGCAUGCCAGCUCAUUAUAAAGGAAACUAGUGGUGGGGUGGUCCAGGGACCCAAAGCUAAAUGAAUUCAUGUCCUUUCCAACCCAGCAAAAGCAAGCACCAGCCUUUCCCAGGCAAAUUGAGGGCAUAACCUCAAGAAUUCCAGGGCAGAUGUGCUGAGGGGUCAGACAGGUGGUCAUCCUCAAGAAGCUUCCCUAUACAGCAUCAGAGACCCUACACUGAGUCUAGGGCAGGUUAGGAAUGAAGUGUCCAGAGAAGCAGAAUCAAGAUACUAGAUCAAGAAAUCCAGUCCUGGGAACCAGCGUAUAGGAAAUUUAAGAGAAAACUACAGGUUGAGAAGGAAAUUUCCAUUGGAAAUAGGCCUGGAGAGUUUUUUUCCUUGGCAUACCAUGUCCUUGCCAAAGAUGGGAGCCAAGAAUACUUGGAUAGCAAGUGAAGGAACCAGGUGUAGGUAACUAGGAGUGUAACCAUCAGGAAGCUGCAAUAAAUGGAGGAUCAGCACAGCUUGAGCUCUCAUCUGGGAUACUUUAGGAACUAGAAAAGGCAGCUGGCCAGCUGAGGACCGCACUCUCGGAUUUUAAAGGACAGGCAUAGACAAUGAGGUGUGGACUGAUAUUCCUUCCUUCCUUCCACCUUUUUAUUUUUACUUUAUUUCUUUAAUAUUUAUUGAUUUACAAUGUUCUGUCAAUUUCUGCUGUACAGCAAAGUGACCCAGGUAUACAUAUAUAUAUAUAUAUACAUUCUUUUUCUUACCUUAUCCUCCAUCAUGUUCCUUCACGAGUGAUUAGACAUAGUUCCCUGUGCCACACAGAAGGAUCUCAUUGCUUACCCACUCCAAAUGCAAUGGUUUUCAUCUAUUAACCCGAAACUCCCAGUCUCUUUUAUUGGCUUAGGGGGUAAAUAGUUGAAAAGGGCCUUUCUGAAGGAAAAAAAUAAUAGAUUUUGUGGACUAACUUUAAUCAUGUAUCAUUGAAUUCAAGUUUCCAAAAUGUCAUUGUUGAUAAUGUCAGCUCUUCACAACUUUCUACUCUUUAAUCCUGCUGCAGUCUUACCACACCCAGUGAAAGCUUUCACAAUUUCACUUUCACAUAGAAUUCACCCUUAAAAUAUUUUUGCUGAAUAAGUCAGUUUUGAGAACUACUGUUUAUCAUUAGACAAAGCAGCGAUUCAUCAUUUUAACCCGUUUUUUUAGCCAUCUUUACACGUUUUUAAUUCUCCAUUUUAAAAAAGAGUAGCUUGGGAGUUCCUUUUGUGGCUCAGUGGUUAACGAACCUGAUUAGGAUCCAUGAUGCAGGUUGGAUCCCUGGCCUCGCUCAGUGGGUAAAUGAUCCGGCUUUGCCAUGAGCUGUGGUGUAGGUUGCAGACACGGCUUGGAUCCUGCAUUGCUAUGGGUAUGGUGUAGGCUGGCAGCUGUAGCUCCAAUUCAGCCUCUAGCCUGGGAACCUUCAUAUGCCACAAGUUCAGUCCUAAAAAGCAGAAAUAAAAAUAAAUAAAUAAUUUAAAAAGGUAGCUCUACUCAGUUGAAAAUCUGAUCAGCAUCUUUCUCUGCCUAAAUCAUCACUUAUAUACAGAUGUCAAAGGGCAAGUUUUCCAUUUCUUUACAAAUUUAUCUAAAAGAUAAGCAUAUAAAUAAUAUGAACUGCUGAUAUAAAUUUUUUAAAGUAUCUUUUAGUUGAAAAGUCAAGUGACGGGUUAAUUUUCAACAAAAUCCAGCAUUUCUUUCCAGGCAAUUAAUAUACAGAGAAAAUCAAAAGUCAUACUCUUUAAUAGGAGGUGGUGUUGAUGCAGUGCUCCAGGGCUGCUGAUACAUGCAGGAUGUAAAAGGGUGACCUUCCCCGUCAAUGUCAGCAUCAUAGAUUUGUUUCUUUGCAUGUACUUAACAGUAUGUAUUUUCAUUCAUUAAAAAUAAAUCUCAGAGUUAUCUUUGUGGCUCAGUGGUAACAAAUCUGACUAGUAUUCAUGAGAAUGCGGGUUCCAUCCCUGGCCUCCCUCACUGGGUUAAGGAUGUGGCGUUGCCAUGAGCUGUGGUGUAGGUGGCAGAUGGGCAGCUCGGAUCUAGCAUUGCCGUGGCUGAGGUGUAGGCCCACAGCUAUAGCUCCAAUUGGACCCCCAGCCUGGGAACCUCCGUAUGCUUCGGGUGUGGCCCUAAAAAACAAAAUAAAUUAAUUAAUAAAUAUAAAUAAAUCUCAUGUAGAGUUCAAAAAUUUUUUAUUUUUACCGGUUAUUUUACUCUAAAUUGUCUGUAUAAAAUUAAGGAGAAAAGACUAAUUAAAUUGCUGAAUUAUCAAUGUCCAUGCUUUCCAAUUUAAAAUAAAGAGCCAGGGUAGCCUUCAUCUCUCCAUCAGUCAUUCCAGGAUAUAUGUCUGGUGUGUUCCAGCUAGUGAACAUCAUGAAAUCAGUGUGUCUUUUUUGCCUUGUCAGUUUCUUUUUAAGCCCCAAACAAACAGUAUAAUCAUAAUUCUAGCAUGAAGGUGUCACCAAGUUUGAGGUUUUUUUUCUUUAAACAGAUUUUAAAUUAAUCAUCAAGCAAUUGUGUCUUUCAAUUGUGCUUUUCAUUCCUAGCUAGCACUUUUUCCCCCUCUAUUGAUGCACCAUUUUCUGGUUGUUUGAACAGUUCAUUUUCAUGUUAACCACAAGAACAGUGAUAGUUUAUACAGUCACUCUCAGGAGGUUAUUCCCUGAAUGAUAUAAAAGACUAGACCUUUGGCUGUUCCACGGUAUUAAAGCUCAUAUUUCGAAUAUGCCUCUAAGUACAUCCUACUAUUUUUAGAUGACAGCUCCCUAGUACUAGUUCAGUAGUAAAGAGAAUGUUCUAUGACCUUUUUACCAUAAUUUUCACUGGCAAAUCUCACCUCUCUGAACAUUACUGAUUUCUGGAUGUACUAAAAUUUUUAAAUCAUCUGUUUUAUUUUACUUAAUAUUCAGCUUGUGAUCCAAACUCCCUGUAUUAAAUCACAUAAUGUAUUUCCUUUAGGAAAUAGAAUUUUAAAAUUAUUACACUGUAAAUGUAUAAACGGAAAAAAUAACAUUACACACACAGUACAGAUUCUUGGGGGGGGUGUACAUAUCUGAUAUUGGCAGGAAGUAGAACUAAAAGGAAUCAAGCACUUGUAAACAAAGUGUAUAAUGACAUAAUUGUUAGGAAUUCUUAAACUCCAUUCUGGAAUCAAUGACUUUUUGUGGCAUGUAAACUAAAGUUUGAAAACACUGAUUCUUGCCGAAAUGAAAUAACUUCUACGAAGACUGGCUGUACAGGUCUCUGAGAUCACAUGAUAAAAUCCCAUUUUUCAGCUUUUCCACUCUGGCAAGCAGUGCCAUGAGCAACUUUAGCACACUCUGUUCUUCUCGUAGCAUGACCAGAUCGAAUUCUUGGGACUAUGAUGUUGACAGCACUUUAUUCCCCAAGCACAGGAGUACCAAAUUUUCCAAUCAACAGUCAUGCAUUAAAAGGUUAUGUUCUCUGGGCUUACAUAAAAGCAACAAAAUACUCAUAAAAAAAUCAGAUUAUCUAAUUUUCAUUGAGUUGGCAUGUACCAAACAUAGUUUUUUACAUUGUUUAUUUUGAAGUAAUAACAGAUUCAUAGGAAGGUGAGAAAAUAGAACAAAGAAUCCCAUGCAUCCCUUUUUACUCAGCUUCCCCCAUGAUGACAUAAAGUUCUAGAGCAAAACAAGGAAAUUAGCACAUUAGUACAUUACUGUUAGUACAUUAGCACAUGACUUUUUAAAACCUACAUUCAUUUGUUUAUGUGUGUGUAGUUUUAUGAACUUUUUAUGUACAAAUCUGUGUAAUCACCACCGCAACCAAAAUGUGUAUUUGUUCUGUCAUCACAAAAGAACUCCUUUGUGCUACCUCUUUGUAUUUGUGUCUCCCUACUCCUCUACACCUGGCAGCCACUAAUCUGCUCUCCAUCUCUCUAGGUUUAUCAUUUUGAGCAUGUUAUGUGAAUGGCACCAUACACUGUGUAAUAUUGUAAAAUAAACUUUUUUCAC